AACCAAAACCAUCAAACAAUCGUUAACGUGUGGUGUGCAGGGCUUGACAUAUGAAAAACACAGCAAAAUAUAUACAAAAGAAGAAAAAGGAAAAAGCUGUAAACUUCCAACAUCUUCUUGAAAAAUCGUUGGUACUGAACUCAGCAGGAUUUCUUUCCCUUUUACAUUGAUUGCUGAUGCAAGUGUGUUCAAUCGUCCACAUACAUCUAACCUUAUAUGCUUCUAGAUAGCAUACGAAAACAAUAUAAAUAUUACAAACAUAUAUCCCGCAUUUUCUCUUACACCAAACAGAAAAAUAAAAGUCUCUUCCAAUUUCAAAAACAGUCAUUUCCAAAAGAUUCAAUCUCUCCCUUUUUGUUGUUUCACCCUUUUUCAAUUUCAUGGCACCAACCAGAGAAAAUAUCAACUGCUCUUACUCGAUGAGAGAAAAAAAUGUUCAUAAGCCGCCAAAGCUUUCAAUGGAAAAUUUACAAAGGAGCUUAUCCGACAUAUCAUUGGAACUAAUCAAAGAAGACAUCAACAUCGAAAACGAAGUGAAGCUCCCACCGAUAUCCGAGGUCGAAGACGCCAAGUGCGAGUGCUGUGGCAUGUCCGAGGAGUGCACAGGUGAGUACAUAAACCGAGUGCGUAAUAAGUUUUCAGGGAAGCUAAUAUGCGGACUGUGCGCGGAAGCUGUGAAUGAGGGAACGGAGAAAAAUGGUGGGAAAAGAGAAGAGGCUUUGAAUGAGCACAUGACUGACUGCGUGAGGUUCAAUAGGAUUGAGAGGAACAAUCCUGUUUUCUACCAAGCUGAAGCCAUUAAAGAGAUAUUCAAGAGAUGUUCGUCAAGAAAUGGUGGUAGCAGUAGUAGUAGUAGAGCUAAGUCUAUAAGUCCCAGAUCUCAGUGUGGUCCAAGGAAAGGAGGUAUUACUAGGAGCUCAAGCUGUAUCCCUACAAUCACUAAGGAUAGGUCCGAAAAUUAAUUUUUUUUAACUUAAUUACAAGAUUAGUGAUAUGCAUUUAAGCUACUAGCUAUCUACGAAAUAUGUUAAUCAUCAGCAUCUCCCUCCUCUCUCUGCUCCAUGCCUUCCUACUUUUCUUGGAACUAUAUAUUAAACUCCAUUAACAAAUUAAAAAGCUUAAGAAUUCCUCUGGUUUACAUAUCUUCAAUGAUUAGUUCCCAAUUGAGUUUUGAAAUUGACCAUCAGUACUGUAAAAUUAAAGGUAGUAUAUAAAUUGCAAUACAAGUGGUUAUUAUAGGCGUCUACCGAAGAGAUUCCUGAGGUGUAUACGCCAGUUAGUUACUUGCAUUUGCAACCCAACGGGGUUAAUUUAUGUAGCAAUGAGAAUUUGUAUUGAAGCCUCUUUUAAGGCUUAUAUUAA